AUGGCAAGCUCCAACAAUAACCAAGAUAUGACGUUUUCAUCAUCAUCCUCAGCACCGAAACCCAACGAAGAGAAAGCAAUAGGAACGCCAGCAACACCUGUUCCACAUACUGAUCUUCCUCAAAACUCAAUAAAGCCAACAACAAUCAAAUACAUGUAUUCGGUAGAGAACCAAAAUGGGACUAACAUGAAAGUCUUCAUGCCAUUGUACGUGUACCAAGAAAUGGCAGCCAUCCAUCUGAAACAACAGCAACAGCAGCCUUCCAAACGACCUCGGAUACAAAAUCAGCCAAAGUCUCCAAAGAAACUUACGAUGUCAUCAUCCGACGAAGUAGUGAAUGAUGUUCCUAUUGGCACUGCUGCUGCUAAUACUAUCGCAACCACAAACGAAUCAUCUACUACAAUGAUUGAAAUCCCAGAAUCGGUACGGCAAUACGAACGCCAAUUGCGUAAAAUGCAAGCGGCCACCCGAGCAUCCACCGAAUUGUCAUCAGAUGAUCUGCAAAUUGUGUACAAUGAUCCUCACAUGGUCGUGGUGAACAAACCAAGUGGAUUCUUGACGGUACCUGGAGUGAACCAAAAUCCCAAUCUCCUAUCCUUGGUGUAUGAAACACUUCAAGAACGAGACAAACAAGAUGACGCUAAAAUCUUGCAACAACUCGAAAAGAUGGAACACAUGAUUGUGCAUCGCUUGGAUAUGGAUACUUCUGGGCUAGUCAUUUUUGCCAAAACCAAGGAAAGCAUGGCCCACCUUCAAGCCAGCUUUCGACAGGGAACAACGGAACAAACGGACAAACAUCAAUCCAAAAAGAACAGAAAGAAAUGGAAGAAAAAUACGAGUCCUCCUCCAGCAGUUCCCACCAAACCGAUUCAAAAAGAAUAUGAAGCUCUCUUGUGUGGACACUUGACUCCUGAUACUUUGCAAACCAUUCAGAUUGAUUUGCCACUCCAACGCGAUCACCAACAUCCACCCUUCAUGCGAGUGGCCACCCCUACUAGCGAACAAGAAGCACAGGAGGUUGUUGAAGGUCUGAAGCAUGCAGGAUGGAAAAAAAUUGUGAAGAAAAAAGCCAAACCGAGUCAGACGAUUGUGCAGGUGCUGCAGCGAGAAUAUGUGGUGCGCACCGAAGAAAAGGAAACAAACGACAAUGGGAUCAGCAGCAGUAUGAAUGGUGAUGUUGACGACAGCCCUACAAUAGGAGAGCAGCUACCAGUGACUCGCGUCCGGCUGGUUCCUCUCACUGGACGAACCCAUCAAUUGCGAGUUCAUUGUGCUGCCAUUGGGCAUCCAAUCUUGGCGGAUCCGACCUAUGGGAUCUUGGGGGAGGCCGCGCCAAAUGGUGGAUUUGAUGAUACAACUAUCGAUCAAUCUGUAUCUGACACUGCUGAUGAUGACAAAAAUAAUGGUGUUGGUGAUAGGAGACCUCGAGCUUCCACCAAACUCCAGCUCCAGUUGGAUCAGUGGGUCAAAGAUCAUCAUCAAGUCAUGUGUCUCCAUGCACGUAAACUUCAGUUAAAUCAUCCCAUCACAGGAGAAGAACUAUGCUUGGAGGAAGCACCAACAUUUUGA